AUGGCUUAUCAAGAAACAGAGAUUAUUCAACAUGGACUAAUAGUAACGUUAUUGGAAAGAGACCUUGGUGUUUAUAUUUCAGACAAUUUAAAAUGGGAAGAUCACAUUGAAAAAAUGCAAAAAGCUACAAAGUUUGGCUACAAAAAAAAGAAAGACAGUUACGAGCAAAGAUUAGAGAAAAUGGACUUACAAAAUCUAUCAAAUAGAAGGGAAAAAAGUGAUCUUAUCCAAAUGUACAAAUUCAUGAACAAAAUUGAUACUAUCAAUUGGCAUCGUGAACCAGAAGUAUUGGGUAGGCUAACUGGAGGACACAAUCAAAGGUUGCGAAGGCAGUAUGUUCAAAACUUUUUGCCGAGGCAUCAUUUCUUCACGAACCGUAUAGUUGAAAAUUGGAAUCGUUUGGACCGUGAAGUUGUUAACGCUAAUUCAGGAGAUUGA